GGUCACGUGACGUGUGCCGUCUAAAAGUAUAGUGUAUAGACAGGUUUUAAUUCAAGGGUGUGUCCAUUUUGGAAGCUUGACAGAACGUACAAAAUGUGGAAUAUAUGUUAACAAUGGAAUAUCCUAACUAUUUCCAAGAUAAUACGUUUUUUGAAAUUAAUUAAGUGACACCUAGACAUCAAAAAGUUACCAUGGUGAUCCUAACAAAGGGAGAUCAUAUUUGGCUUGAGCCAGCGACCAAAGGAGAAUUUUCCGUGUCCAUUGGCGCCCGUGUGAAGCUUCACGACAAAAGCCGCAUCAACGUGGUGGAUGAUGACGGGAAGGAACACUGGAUCGAUCUCAAUCGUCCGAUGCGACACAUGCACACGACAUCAGUGGAGGGCGUGGAAGACAUGAUCCUGCUUGGGGACCUCAACGAGUCCGGAAUCCUUAGAAAUCUCUUCAUCCGAUACAUGGACAACCUCAUCUAUACAUACACUGGCUCAAUUCUUGUGGCCGUCAAUCCGUACCAAAUCCUCCCCAUCUACACUGCCGAGCAAAUUCAACUGUACAGAGACAAAAAGAUUGGUGAAUUACCUCCACAUAUAUUUGCCAUUGCGGACAAUGCCUACUACAACAUGCAGCGCUAUAACAAUGAUCAGUGUGUUAUAAUAAGUGGUGAGUCGGGGGCCGGUAAAACAGAGAGCACUAAGCUGAUCCUACAGUUCCUGGCAGCUGUCUCAGGACAACACUCCUGGAUAGAACAGCAGAUCCUAGAGGCAAACCCUAUCAUGGAAGCUUUUGGAAAUGCCAAAACCAUCAGAAAUGACAACUCCAGUAGAUUUGGAAAAUAUAUAGACAUUCACUUUAAUCAGAAAGGAUCUAUAGAAGGGGCCAAAAUUGAACAAUAUCUUCUGGAAAAAUCUCGAAUAGUUACACAAGCUCAUGACGAAAGGAAUUACCAUAUAUUUUACUGCAUGUUGGCUGGGAUGACAGCUGAAGAAAAGAAGAAACUAGAUGUAACAGAUGCCACAAGUUACUGGUACCUCACACAGGGUGGAUCCAUAACUUGUGAGGGACGGGAUGAUGUGAAGGAGUUUGCCGACAUUAGAUCUGCCAUGAAGGUCCUUUUGUUUAAGGAUUCAGAAGUGUGGGAUAUUCUCAAAGUUCUAGCUGCACUUCUCCAUGUUGGAAACAUUAGAUACAAUGCUAUAGAGAUGGACAACAUAGAGGCCAGUGAAGUCCAGGACAUUCAGUACAUCAACAAGACAGCUCGCCUAUUUGAGGUGAGAGCUCAGGACUUGAUAGAUGUCCUGACAACCCGUACCAUUGUGACGCGGGGCGAGAGUGUCACCGUUACCAUGGGGAAAGACAACGCAGGGGAUGUACGAGACGCUUUUGUCAAAGGAAUCUAUGGUCGCAUGUUUAUUUGGAUUGUAAAUAAAAUUAACGUUGCUAUCUACAAACCAGCAAAGGCUAACCAGUUUAGGACUUCAAUAGGAGUUUUGGACAUCUUUGGUUUUGAGAGCUUUGAUGUGAAUAGUUUUGAACAGCUCUGCAUCAAUUAUGCAAAUGAAAAUCUUCAGCAGUUUUUUGUUCAACACAUUUUCAAGUUAGAGCAGGAAGAGUAUGACAAUGAAGGAAUCAACUGGAAGCACAUUGAGUUUGUGGACAACCAAGACACACUAGAUUUAAUCGGAGCCCGGCCUAUGAACCUGAUUUCACUGGUAGAUGAAGAAAGCAAGUUUCCAAAGGGAACAGAUCGCAGUAUGUUGGACAAAUUCAACAACAACCAUAGGAGUAACAAGAAUUAUCUACAGCCUAAGUCUGACAUCAACCUACAGUUUGGUCUCAAUCACUUUGCUGGUGUCGUGUUCUAUGACUGUAAAGGUUUUCUGGAGAAGAACCGAGACACCUUUAGUCCAGAUUUACUGGGACUUAUACAGGCCUCCUCCAACAAGUUCCUGGUCAACCUGUUUACACAGGACAUAAACAUGGGAUUGGACACGAAGAAGAGAGCCCCCACCCUGGGAUCACAGUUUAAGAAAUCUCUGGAGCUGCUAAUGAAGACCCUGGGAGCCUGUCAGCCAUUCUUUGUCAGAUGUGUCAAACCUAACGAGUACAAAAGACCUCUGGAAUUUGACAGGUCACUAUGCUGUAAACAGCUAAGAUACUCGGGAAUGAUGGAGACGAUCCGAAUCCGACGUGCAGGUUAUCCAAUCCGACACAAGUUUACAGACUUUGUGGAUCGCUAUAGAAUCUUGGCCCCAGGGAUAGGACCGUCUCAUAAGGAAGACUGUAGGGCCGCCUCAAAUAAAAUCUGCUCCACUGUGUUUGGUGCUGCUCCACCGUGUGGUGGCGAUUACCAGAUAGGAAAAACUAAAGUGUUUCUCAAGGAUGCACAAGACGUUUAUUUGGAGCAAUGUCGAGAGAAGGAGUUGACAAAGAAGAUUCUAAUCCUCCAAAAGACGAUCCGCGCCUGGCAUUGUCGACGACGCUUCUUAAAGAUGAAGGACAGCUGUAUAACAAUGCAGACCGCAUGGAGGGCAUAUAUCGCCAGAAAGAGGUUCUUAGUGAUUAAGAAGGGUUACCAGCGACUGCAGGCCAUCAUCAGGUCCAGGAUUCUGACCGCCAGGUUCAACGCUGUCAGGAGUCUCAUGACCAACCUCCAGAGGUACUGCCGAGGCUUUUUAGUAAGACAGUGGGCAUCCAAGAGAAUGACGUCGAUCGUCAAACUCCAGGCCUGCAUCAGAACUCUGAUAGCCAAAAAGAAGUACAGGAGACAGAAGAUAGAGUAUCAGAAAAUCCAGGAAGCAGAAAGACUUAGACUUGAAGAAGAACACAGACUGAAGAAGAAAAUGAAUGAAAAGAAAGCCAAACAAGAGGCCGAGAGACUUUACAAGGAACGACUGGCGAAGAUGGAACAGGAAGUUACAGAAGAGGAACUUAAACAGAAGUCAGAGAUCCUGCACAAGAGGGAACAGAUUGAUCUGGCCGAGCGAAAGAAGAAUGAGACAGUCAGCGACUCCAAACUGGUGGAAGAAAUUUUUAAUAUAUUUGAUGAUGAAGGGAAUGAACAACAGGGAGAUGCACCUUAUCCCUUCAUGGACCUGGAGGAGAAACGAAGGAAGAUGAUAUCGGAGAACGGUCUUGAUUUAGAUGAGAUGGCCAUUCCUCUCCCAGACGAUGAGGAGGAUUUAUCAGAGUACAAGUUCUCCAAGUUCGCAGCCAUGUAUUUCAAGAAUAACGCCUCACACACUUACAUUCGCAGAGUCCUUCGAGAACCAUUGCUUCCCCUGGCCAGUGAUGGUGACAAACUGGCUGCCUUGGCUGUCUGGAUCACAAUUCUAAGAUUUAUGGGAGAUUUACCAGAACCCAAAUACCACACAGCUACAGCUGAAACAAGGGAUACAACACCAGUAAUGACGAAGAUCUAUUCCACACUGGGACGAAAAUUUAACAAAAAAGAUCUGGAGGAAGCCAUGAGAAUGGGAAUCGAUAUUGAAAAAGAGCCGAUUCCUGGGAUUCGUGGCUCUGGUAAGAGAAGCGUGAGGAAGAAGCUGGUGUCCCUCACCCUGAAGAAGAAGUCCAAACUGACAGAGGAGGUGACCCGCAAACUACAGCAGGAGCUGGACAGCAGCUUCUCCUCCACAGGAAGUAACGCCCUCCUCGAGGACCGCCCCUCCUCAAACCUGGAGAAGCUUCACUUCAUCAUAGGACACGGCAUCCUCAGACCCGACCUACGAGAUGAGAUCUACUGCCAGAUCUGUAAACAGCUGACCCAGAACCCCACUAAGAGCAGUCACGCUCGCGGCUGGAUCCUUCUGUCUCUCUGUGUCGGAUGUUUUGCUCCCACGGACAAGUUCAUAAAAUACCUGAGGAACUUCAUCCAUGAAGGACCCCCAGGCUACGCUCCAUACUGCGAGGAAAGAUUACGGAGGACAUUCGCUAAUGGAACCCGAAAUCAACCCCCUAGCUGGCUGGAAUUACAGGCCACCAAAUCUAAGAAACCUCUCAUGCUUCCCAUCACUUUCAUGGAUGGAAACACAAAGACACUGCUGGCUGAUUCUGCCACAACAGCCAGGGAGCUCUGUCAACAGUUGUCAGAAAAAAUCGGCCUACGUGAUCAGUUUGGAUUUUCUCUGUACAUCGCAUUAUUUGACAAGGUGUCGUCCCUAGGCAGUGGAGGGGACCACGUAAUGGAUGCAAUCUCACAGUGUGAGCAGUAUGCCAAAGAACAGGGGGCCCAAGAGAGGAAUGCCCCCUGGAGGCUUUUCUUUAGGAAAGAAAUUUUUGCCCCUUGGCAUGAUCCUCAAGAGGACCCCACUGCUACCAAUCUCAUUUACCAGCAGGUUGUACGGGGCAUCAAGUUUGGUGAAUAUAGAUGUGAUAAGGAGGAUGACUUGGGUAUGAUUGCUGCCCAGCAGUAUUAUAUUGAGUAUGGCACUAGCCCCUCCCCUGAGCGUUUGCAGUCAUUGCUGCCUUCGUACAUUCCAGACCAUGCUUUAAAUCGACCAAACGCCAUGGACUUCUGGCUCUCAACAAUAUUAAACAAAAUGAAGAUACCGUACUUUACUAAUGAAAAAGUCAGAGCCCAAAAAGUGAAAGAGGAUAUUGUUAGUUAUGCCAAAUACAAGUGGCCGCUACUGUUUUCUCGUUUUUAUGAAGCAUACAAAUUUGCUGGACCUAGUUUGCCAAAGAAUGAUGUGAUUAUUGCUGUGAAUUGGACUGGUGUGUAUGUAGUGGACGACCAGGAACAGGUUCUCCUGGAGUUAUCCUUCCCAGAAAUCACAGCAGUAUCCAGUAGUAGAACUGGAAAAAUGCAUGGCCAAAGCUUUACUCUUGCCACAGUUAAGGGAGAUGAGUACACGUUUACCUCCCCUAACGCUGAGGACAUCAGGGACCUAGUGGUGACGUUCCUGGAGGGUCUGAAAAAACGCUCCAAAUAUGUGAUAGCUUUACAAGAUUACUCCUCCCCAGGAGAAGGUUCCUCUUUCCUCUCCUUCAGUAAGGGAGAUCUCAUUGUUCUGGAUCAACAGAAUGGUGAGACUGUGAUGAACUCAGGCUGGUGUAUUGGCGAGUGCGUACGUACCAAGAAGAAGGGUGACUUUCCAGCAGAAUGUGUCUAUGUUCUUCCUACCAUUACACGACCACCACAAGAAAUACUGAACCUGUUUGUCCAGUCGGGUGACCAGACCCUGGCCCCCACCCAUCAGGAGGUCCCCGAGGACAUGACGGCUGAGAAAACCUACACCCUGGAGGAGUACGCACUGGACCACUUCAGACCUCCUCCAAAACGUACGUUAAGUAAGACCUUGUCCACAGCAAGGCGAAAAAGACCUGAUGAACUGUGGAGGUAUUCCAAAGAACCACUGAAACAGCCAUUGCUGAAAAAACUUCUUGGGCGUGAAGAAAUGAGUUCAGAAGCAUGCAUGGCAUUUUUGGCUAUUCUGAAAUAUAUGGGGGAUCACCCAUCUCGGAGAGGAAGAACAGCCAACGAACUCACAGAUCAAAUAUUUGAACCACCACUCAGAAGUGAGAUUCUUAGAGACGAGAUUUACUGCCAGAUUAUCAAACAGCUAACUGACAACAGGAAUGACACAAGUGAGAGAAGAGGCUGGGAGUUGAUGUGGCUAGCUACAGGGUGCUUCACUCCCAGCACCAACCUCCUUAAAGAAGUGAUGCAGUUCUUACGAUCCAAGAGGAACCAGAUAGCCACGGACUGUGUCAACAGAAUGCAAAAGACUCUCAGAAAUGGGACGAGGAAGUACCCCCCACACCAGGUGGAGGUGGAGGCCAUCCAACACAAGACGACCCAGAUCCUCCACAAAGUCUACUUCCCCGACGACACUGACGAGGCAUUUGAAGUGGAGUCCAGCACGAGGGCCAAGGAUUUCUGUCUUAACAUUGCCAGUAAACUGCUGUUAAAGUCCUCAGAGGGAUUCAGUCUUUUUGUAAAGAUUGCUGACAAAGUGAUUAGUGUUCCAGAGGGGGAUUUCUUCUUCGACUUUGUCAGACAUCUCACAGACUGGAUCAGAAAGGCCAGGCCUACACGAGAUGGGAGUGUUCCAUCCUUCACCUAUCAGGUCUUUUUCAUGAAGAAAUUAUGGACAAACACAGUGCCUGGAAAAGACCCCCAUGCUGAUCAGAUAUUCCAUUAUCAUCAGGAGUUACCCAAACUACUACGAGGUUACCACAAAUGUAGUAAGGAGGAGGCUGCCCAGCUGGCUGCUCUUAUCUAUCGCGUCAAGUUUGGUGAAAACAAAGCCAACCUUGCAAACAUCCCUCGAAUGCUGCGUGAGCUUGUACCAAGUGACCUGAUAAAGGCUUAUUCCCCUGACGACUGGAAGAGACACAUCAUUGCAUACAUCAAUAAAAUUGGUGGCAUGUCAGCAGAGGAGGCCAAGGUCGAAUUCCUGAGGGUCAUCUAUAAAUGGCCGACCUUUGGAUCAGCUUUCUUUGAGGUCAAGCAGACAACGGAGCCUAAUUACCCAGAAAUCCUGCUGAUAGCAAUCAACAAACAUGGUGUUAACUUGAUACACCCAAGUACAAAGGACAUACUUGCGACACACCCAUUCACAAAGAUCUCCAACUGGAGCAGUGGUAACACGUAUUUCCACAUGACGAUUGGUAACCUUGUACGCGGAAGUAAACUACUGUGUGAAACUUCUCUGGGGUACAAGAUGGAUGAUCUUCUGACAUCAUACAUCAGUAUGAUGUUAACUAGCAUGAACAAACAGAAAAGUGCCAAGAAGUGAUGACAAAUCCUAAUGCUUUACAAAGACAUAUAUGCAAUAAGGACAGCAGAAUGAAUUCUCGUGUCCCAAAUUUAACCUGUGAUAAAUUUUCUUUUAUUCAUGAAAAUAGGCUUUUUUCAAAAAAGUUUUUAAAAAUUCUUUACAAAAACCAUGGUUUCCUUUAAUGUCAUGUGUUUAAUUAGAAGUUAUGGUACUGCUAUAUAAUCCAAUGUGGGGGUAAUUAUGACAUAAUUUCAUGUGAUUUGAUAGAGAAACAAUUUAGAGAAAGCAUAUACAUACAUAUAAUUUCUGUAUUUUAUUUGUUUUACGUAGCAGUAUGCUUAAAAAAAUGAUGAACUGUUGUAAAUAUUCAUUUCUAAAAGCAAGUAUAUGAAUUUAUUGUAAGAGUGCACAUUAAAGGAUCUUUAUAUAUAUAAACAUGUAUACUUACAAUAUCAGAUAUUUGUUCAGUCUCGCAUACAUUGUACAGUCCUUCAUAUCAAUUCUUUAUAUAGUAUAUAAGACAUAUUGUGGGGGGAUAUGGCUAAAUCUAAUUAUAACAAUGCUUUUUCCAAGUUUUUCAUUGUUCAGAACCCAUUCCUGAAUUUGCCUGUUUUAAGUGUAUAGCUUGCCUAAACUUGUUAUUUAUUAAAUUGUAUUGUUAAAUAUAAUGUAUAUAUGUAUGCUUUAACAAAUUUGUACACAGGGUGUAACAAGAUAUAUAUAUUAUUAUACGACUAAUUGUGCUGAAUUCCAUGGCUAUGAACAUUUUACAGCUCUGUCUCAGUGAUUCUUCUCCUCCAGUUGUAAACUUGCUUUGUUAGUUAGUAUCCAUGGUAACUGUUUGUGGUUACAUAAGUGCUUGAAUAUGUUGACAUAGAUUCUGAAAUGAAGUCCAUCCUUAUACUACAGGAACCAUUAACAAAUAAUAUGUGUAAUAAGACUUCAUAUUUUUAUGCAGUUCAUAGAAAAUCAUUUCCAUUUCCAGAAUGACAUAAUGAUACAAGGAUCCAAUGUUCAAAAUCAAAAUAUAUGGCAUACAAAAUAAAGUGAUACAGUUUUAUAUAAA